AUGUCUUCAUCUUUGACAGUGACAGGAAUCCAGGGUCGGCAGAUUACCUUGCCCACAGGACUUUUCAUUCACAAUGAGUUUGUACCUUCAUUGACCAGCCGCACUUUGGCUGUAGAGAAUCCUUCAACCGGCGAACAACUGGGUACUAUCGCGGCGGCUGGGUCGGAAGAUAUCGACAAGGCCGUGAAGUCUGCUAAAGCUGGAUUUGAGACUUGGAAAAAGGUCUCUGGCCCUGCGCGCUCACAGCUUCUUCUGAAGCUGGCGGAUCUGAUUGAACGGGAGGCUCAUGAUCUUGCCUCUCUUGAGGCGGUCGAUGCUGGAACUCUUUUCACCGAUUCUAUGGGCUUGAAUAUUCCACAGGCUAUUGGUUGUCUUCGUUACUAUGCUGGGUGGGCUGGUAAGAUCGAUGGAAAAACACUGGAUAUGGAGGGUGGUAUAGCGUAUACAUACAGAGAGCCUUUGGGUGUUUGUGGUGCCAUCGUGCCGUGGAAUGCGCCUUUAAUGAUCACGAUUUGGAAAAUUGCCCCAGCUCUCGUUACUGGCAAUACAUUGAUCAUCAAGACAUCAGAGAACUCACCCCUUUAUGGCCUGAGAUUGGCUGAGCUGAUCAAGGAGGCUGGCAUUCCAGCCGGUGUAGUGAACAUUGUUGCAGGCGACGGUGCCAAUGCGGGCCAGUCUCUAUCCGAACAUAUGGAGGUUCGCAAGAUUGCGUUCACAGGCAGUUCGAUUGCUGGUCGCAAGAUUAUGCAGGCUGCAGCUAAAACCAACCUGAAAAAAGUUAGUCUUGAGCUAGGAGGUAAGGGGCCUUCAAUUGUCUUUGAUGAUUGUGAUUUGGCAAAUGCUUUGCUGUGGACACGUAUCGGUAUCACUGCCAAUAAUGGUCAGAUUUGCGCGGCUGGAUCGCGUAUCUAUGUUCAGGAUUCUAUCUAUGAUCGCUUCAUUGAGGCGUAUAAGAAGGCUGCGGCUGAGAAUCCUACCGUGGCUGGGGAUCCUUUGAAUACAUCGACUACAAAGGGUCCUAUCGUGAGCCGUGUUCAGCAUGAGAAGAUUCUCGAUUAUAUUCGUCAGGGUAAGGCGUGUGGGGCUCGAUUGCUAUUUGGUGGAGAGAAGAUUGGCGAGAAGGGAUACUUUGUGCAGAAUACGGCCUUUGCAGAUGUCUCUGAUAACGCAGCAAUCAUGCGUGAGGAGAUCUUUGGCCCAGUGGCGAGCAUUGCCAAGUUCUCCACAGAGGAGGAGGUCAUUGCUAAGGCUAACGAUUCCUCCCACGGCCUGAGCGCUGCUAUUUUCACUAAUGAUGUUAGUCGCGCCCAUCGUGUGACAAAGGAACUUGAAUCUGGACAGGUCACUGUAAAUGCUUGGGCUAUGUUGUCUCCAAAUGUGCCUUUUGGCGGAGUCAAGGAGAGUGGAUUUGGACGAGAUAUGGGUGAGGAGGCCCUUGAAGGCUGGACCCAGGUUAAGGCUGUGAAGUAUCAUAUUCUGCCUCGCCUUUAA